AUGUCUUACUCUGAAGCAGAUGCAGUUAAAAAGUUACAAAGUCUAGAUAACUCUCAAAUUUCGGUAGAAAGUACAUCUCAGUGGUUUCUAAGUAAUAAACAAAUGGCCAAGGAUUUGGUCAAGCUCUGGUUUAAAGAGUUUCGUAAAGCUGCUCCCAAGAAGAAAAUCGCUUUUCUGCAUCUGGCUAACGAUGUUAUACAAAGGGGCAUAACUACAGCUCCUCAGUUCAAGAAAUUGUUCGAGCCAGUUUUACCUACGGCAUUUAAAGAGACAUCAAAAGUCCAGCGUCAUUCAGUGCGCUCAUCUGUCGCUCAUCUUUUAAUUGUAUGGGCUACUCGUCGAGUGUAUUCUAAGAGUUUUCUUAGACAGUUACGUUUUAUAUGCCAACGAGCUGUCGCUGAAGCAGAUACGCCAGAUGCUAGUGAAGAGAUCAAACGUAACAUCAUUGCUGCAUCACCAUUCGCUUUCUCAUUCACAGCAGUUUUGACAAAUUCAUCAGGAUUAUCAGGGAAUAAAGAAUCAUCCGUUGCUAGUAAUAAUCUUCAUACACCCAAAUUAAUUGACAAUAACAAAGUGAAUCGUAAGCGACACCGUUCUUCAAAUACGAAAGACAUCUCAAUGGCUCCAAUAUGCUUUGACCCUAAAAAUUAUGGAGAUAGUAACAUGUCGCGUAAUUCAAUUUCUGCAUUCCGUGAAGAGUUAGACCUUGAACUACAAACUGAGGCUACCGAACCUCCAAAGGUCAGUGAACUUAUUCAACUUUUAGAAACUCUUCAAUCAGCUGCUUCUGCUGAUGCUGCUACACGCCGUGAAAUAGCACAAUUCCCGCCGGAAGUUUCUGAUCCAAAUAAAGCAAUGGAAAUUAUGAAGUCAUGACUUGAAAUCGAAAUUAGAUCAUGGUCACUCAUUAAAAAGUGAACUGAAUAAACAUAUUUUAAAUCUUCCUGAUCUGCAUCUUCUACCUGAUAUGACAAAUUUCGGUUUAGAUCCGUUACCAACAGUUGGUGAUCUAUUCGGUUAAAUUUCUAGUCUCAAGUUAUGUAAUCAUCAGUUCAUGUAGUAUUGUCUAUCUUCCUUCUUGACUUUUCUAUAUAUACCAGUCCAAUGUAU